GAGGGGGAGGCGGAGGAGGGGGAGGAGGAGGAGGAGCAGCAUCAGCAUCAUAUCUAAUGGGAGGGGAGGUAGUGGUGACUUUUAGCAGGGGAGAUACGGUGGAGGUCAGCAGUGACGACGAGGGGUUCAGGGGUGCACUCUAUACCGCAAAGAUAGUGAAGCUGCUUGCAGGAAGGCGCUACUGGGUGGAAUAUGAUACAUUGGUGUCUGACGAGGAUGAGAAGAAGCCACUUAAAGAAAAGAUUGAUUUCUGGCACGUCAGGCCAUGCCCGCCGGAGGUGCCAAGUGACGGAGGAUUCAACGUCUACGAGGAGGUUGAUGCCUUCCAUAAUGAAGGGUGGUGGAUCGGCGUGGUCUCUAAGGUGGUCAUCGGAGGGAAAUACAGGGUUUAUUUCAGGGAUUCCAAGGAAGAGAUAGAGUUCGAGCAAUCUCAGCUGCGAGUGCACCAAGAAUGGGUUGAUGGAAAAUGGGUUACAUCCACCCAGGUCUUUGCAAUGAUGAUGCAUCCAGUGGCUGUCCAAUUUAAUCCAGUAUCUGGCUUCUGCCACGCUGUAAGCUCGUCUGUGCAACAUGAUACUCCGAUAAAUUCAGUGACACAGUCCACAAAAAAGCAAAAGUUGCCUAUUAUCAGAAAAAAAAGCUUCUUGCACGAGGCACCACCUGCAAUGCCACCUGCAGUUCUAAGCUUGGAAAAUGAGGCCUUGAUAUCCUCCGAACUGCGACCUCAAAUGGAGCAGAAGUUACCAAAUCAAAAGUAUGGACUGUCUGAGUGUCCUUUCCUUGAGCUGCAGGCAGUGGCAACACAAACCAAUGGGCCAAUUUAUGAGGUUAGCCUUGACCAAAUUACUCGAGUACCUGCUGCAAACCCUGACUCAUACAGAAGAAAGCGCAGACAUGUAACCUACUCUGAAGUGAUCACGGAUAAAACAGCCUAUCAAGAUAUGGACUCUCAGAGCAAUCUUCACAAGGCAGAAGUUCAGACUGAUAAUGGGAGGAAGCCGUGCAAAGCAAAAUCUCACGAGGAUACAAUUGAGAGGAGAGCUGCAGUUUUCUUGCCUAAAAUAAAAAGAAAAUUAACACUUGAAGACGUACCAAAUAAACCUACUAAUCCUACCUUGUUGGCUGAUGACAGCUUUCCUGAUGAUAUUCUCUUUAUUAGAGUUCCUUAUCUGAGGGGUUCAAAAAGUGUUGGGGAAAGUGAAUCAGGAAUCGUGGCUGGAUAUGGGUCCAAGAGGGACCUUAACAGAGUUGCAUACCAUUUGGUUCUCAAGGCUCUUUAUAUCCAAGGUGAACACAAGUGGAAGCAUGAGCUCUGGUUGACUGAGCUUCGAGAUGCACUUGGGAUAAGUAAUGAUGAUCACUCAAAGGAAUUGAAGAGUAUUACAUCAGGCGAAAAUGUUUCUGCAUUUACGUAGUCUUGGUAUUUCAUGUAAAACGGUCAUUGGUAUGGUUCUAUACUUUUAUGAUGUACGUUCCUUCCCAUGGGACUGAAAGUUGUCUUUCAGUGAAGGAAUUGUUUUCGGACUUUGAUUGCAAUGGGCGGGAAAUUAUGUGACUUCAUUUCUCCGUUUACUUCAGAUUACCUCUGCUACUGUAUGUAAACGUUAGCUCGACCCUUUCUGGGAGGCCUGUAUAUGCACUCGUAGUUGCAAAUGAAUUAUAUAUAUAUAUAUAUCUGUGUCAUAUGAUUUUCUGCAUUA